GAAUAAAAAAAAAAACUCUCAUUAUCUGUGGUGUUCGUUCGCGGAGAACCCGAAUGAACGCGAGCAAAUCAGCGGGUGUCUCGUCUAACCUUUUUUGAUAUUUUAUUUUGAAGGAUUGAUUAUUUUACCAGGGAUCGGGCUUAUUUUUGAAAUUGUUCUUUGCCUAAUUGUGAAACCUAGUCAUUGCGUUAAUGUUCCAUCCAAUGUCGUUUGUUAAAAACUUUGGCCACAAAAACAGUGGCGACAAGUAGUAUGCAACAUCACCAGUUAACCUCUUGAAAAUAUAUUAUCUGAUUGUCAUUUGUGAUGAAUACCAAAAGUUCUAAAAGGUCUGCCACUUCUAGGAUACUUCAAAAUAAUAAAGAUGAAGCAGAAGUAUUUGUUUUACCACCUAAUCUUCUAGAAAAGUUGGGUAUUCAGCUAGGUAAUAUUCAGCCAACCCAGGAGUGCCCAGCAAAUAAAUUAGAUCACAGAGCGGUUCAAGUUAAACACAAAAAUAAGGAGAAUAAUUAUGACACUGAAAAUCUGCCCUUAAACUCUUUCACAUCACCAAUUUUAAAAGAGACAUCGAUUUUAGAGACUGCUAAUCUAAUGAAAAAUUCAGUUUUUCUUAGUCCAACAUUUGUGCCUACUUUGGCAAAUGUUAUAGCUGGUGAAGUUGAAAUAGCAAAUAUUUCCAAACACUCAUUGCAGAUGGUCAGCAAUAAUGAGUUAAAUAUUGAACAUAGUCACAAUCUAGUUGAUACAUAUAACAUACAGGAAAAAAUAAACACUGAUACUGGGCUUGUCAAUUGUGAUGAAAGGUUACUAAAGUCUUAUCAUAAACAGAUACAAACUGCAGAGGAACAUAUAAAUAUAAUUAAAAACUUGGAAGAGUCUUGCAUCAAAACUAUAACUGCUAAAUCUCCUAGUCUGUCAGCCACUAAGAAGCAACUGGAUAUUCAAGUUAAGCAGCCUAUAGAAAUAACUGAUAUCAAAAAUGGUAUUAAUGAAAUGAAAAAAAACAUAUCUCAGCAAUUGACAAGCACUGAAGAUGGUCUAAUAUCUAGUGAAAAACAAGUAAUCACAGAUAAAGAAACAGAAGAUUGCCAAAAGAUAACUCUUGAAGAUCUGCAAAUCAAGGAUAUAAUAUAUGACUUAUCAAUUGAUGAAAUAGCUGGUUUUGAAGCAAAUUUUUUGGAUACACCAAAUUUUGACUUUAAUUCAGAAGCUAUCUCAGCUGAAGAAAAAGGUUUGCCACCAAUUCCUAAAGAUAAAAUAAAUAUGUCAAAAAGUAAAGUUCAAAUUGUGUCUGAAGAAAUUAUAAACUGUAAUAAAGUUAGAAGUUACAAGUUACCUAGUUCUUUUAAUGAAACCAACUUUAUUCCAGUAACAGUAGGUACUAUAAUUUCAACAAAAAAAGAUGACACAAAUUAUUUGAAUAAUAAUCAACACAAAUCUAUAUCAAUAUUUGAUGAUGAUCAAGGUAUUAUAAAUAGUGUCUGUUUACAUACAACUUCACUUAAUAAGGACGACGAGAAGACAGACUUCAGUUGUAAAGUAACAGAUUAUGAUAUUCCAAAAAAUAAUCAUAAUAUAAUUUCUGAUGAUAAUUUUUCUGAGCAUGAUUCCAUGAUUCUUAAUGAACAUAACCAAUUGCAAGAACAUCAUAAAGAAGCCAACUUAAAUGACUGCAGUGAAAUUCAUAGAGAUGAAAAUGGCGAUUCUUUAACAUUUCUUGAUGACAGUACUUUAAUAUCUAAUUUUGAACUUGUUUUAUCAGAUGUUAAUUCUACAGUGAAUACCCAGAGCACUAACAAUUUAGGAGCAAAUGGAAAUGAUGUAGCUAAGUGUGAUAAUAAUGUAAAAUCUGAUAUUGAUAAAGUACCACCUCAGAGACAUAUCUGCAAUCAUACUUUAACUGACAUUAAAGUCAGUGAUCAAUCAUUAAAUCAUAUAUCAAAUGUAAGGAAGGAUAAUGAAGUCAAUGGAAAAAAGAAAUUUCUGCCCAUAUUGACUGCAAAAACAAACAACACUAACCAGACUUCAAAUAAACGAACAAAGUUGAAAAGUUGUGUGCAAGGUGUAGAAAAGCCUGGUGGCAAUGGUUUUGUAGAAGUUGCAAGUUUUGCUAAUAUAAAAACUUAUCAAAGGGUUAAAAGAAAUAAUUCAACAUUGUUGCAGCAGAAUGUAACUGAAGCACAUAAUGAAGUUACAAAUAAUGACAUUGACACUGUGUCAGAUGAGAACACAAUUUUAGGUUUUGAGGAUACAACUCAAGACUAUUGCUUGUGCAAUGACUUUGGUCAGUAUAGUCAUUAUGAUUGCCAGGAUGUAUAUGCACAUAUACAUUUCUUGGGAAAUAACAGUGUCAGUAUUGGACCAGAAAUUAUUUAUGAUAUAUAUAAUGAAAAUAUUGUUGGCAUUAAUCAUGACACUUAUGAAGAUUUGCAAGAUGCCAAGAAAAUUGAGGAAAAAGAAAUGGUUCCCAUUUGUUGGAAAACUAUCUCAAAGGCAAUAGCAACAAAUUAUGACUGUAAAAAUUUGGAUUUACAAGCUAAUAAAAAGGCCGAAAAAAUAGUAGUAGAUAAUGUGCCAGCAAUCUUUGAGAUAUUAAAAGAAGAUGAUUUAAAUAGGCAAAACGGCUGUUCCGAUUCUAGUUUAAAUAUCAAUGCAAAAUCUGUUGCAGGAAUUGUUCACAAUUAUGAUUCAGUUGGAAAUAUGGAGUCUUCUGAAAAUAAAAAAAUAGAGUUAGAUAAAAAUGAAAUUUUGAGUGAAAAUUUUGUCACAGAAACUACAGCUCUGGAGACAUUUACACAGAUAACUAAUCAGAAAACAAGUAAAGAAAUGAAAACAUCUUUGCAGCCGCAUUCUACUAAAUUUGAUAUAGUAACAGAUAAUUACUUAGAAAAACUAAAUGUCACUGGAAAUAUAUCUUUUGACAUGAAAAAAGAUAAUGUUAAGUUGUAUAACUCUAACAAUGAACAUUUAAUAAAUAUGAACAUUGACAAUGAUGCAAAAUCAAAUAAUAUGAUUGAUGUAGACCAAGCUAAUCAACCACUACAAAUAUCAUAUAAUGUUCCCAUCAGCAUUGUUAACCAAAACCAUUCAAACCAAAUUUUUAGGAAAUUAUUGGAUGACAACAUGGAAUACAUGAAAAAAAAUUGCAAAGAAAAUGAUACAGUUCAUAAUAGCAACAUUGCCAUAAAAUCUGAAGUAGCUGUUUGUGAUAAAGUUGCUGAGAAAACAAUAAAUUUAGCAAAUAGUCAAGAAGUUGUGGAAGAUGUGACGGUUUGCAGUGCUGAUAAGAGAAAAAGAAAGAAGAUUAGUGAAGAAGGAUUCAAUUUGUUUAAAAUGGAUGAAUCAGUAGCUACGAAAAAUGUGAAAUGUGGUUUGUGCAAACAAAUGCUAGCCAAAUCGGAUUGGAAUGAUCAUUGUUCCCAAAAGCACAAUUCAGUUGCUUGGAAAUUGGAACAAAAAAUUGAUUUUGUUGAUGGCAAUUUAAUUGAGGAAUUGAAAAAUACCUUACAAGUAAACAAUAUCUUGGAAUGUAAUUUUUGCAAUUUUAAAAUAAACCACCUUCCUACAUUCAUAUUACACAUUAAGAAAUGUGUACAGUAUAAGGUGGCAAACUGUUACAAGGAUUCAGCCGAUCCCGUUAUUUGUGGAGUGUGCAAGAAACAUAUUAAUACUUUAAGUUGGCGCAAACAUUUGAUAGAACAUAAUUAUUUGGCUUGGAUAGACGGGGAGGACGUUUUAGAUUUGAAGAACGAAAACCAAGUACAAUGCCAUCUUAAGUCGAUGUCGAGAGAUUUUGACGGACUUGUUUGCAAUAAAUGUGGUUUAAAGCGUAAACAGGCGAAGAAAUUUUUGGAACAUGUGAAAAAAUGCAAUGGGGAUACCAAUGUAGAUUGUGGGACAAGCAGUUUGACGUCAUCCGAUGUUACAUUGGAUACCAGCGUAGAUAUGAAUAUGAUUCAAAAUAGCUGCCAUACUACUACAUUAGAUGCCAAUGCUACUUGGGAUAAUUCUCAAAUGGACAUUGAAGGAAGCCGCCGUGAAAGCACAGACUGUACGAAAUCGGACAAAAGGCGAAAACGUACUCGAAUGAGUACAUUUUCCAAUGACGGUGAAGAGGUGAUCAGAAAAAAAUGUCGUACAGCUGUUUCUGAGAGUAGAAUUGUUAAAUGUGGGGUGUGCAAAAUCGACGUCCCAUUAGCAAUGUGGAAAACCCAUUUAGGAAAGGCUCACAAUAAUUUGGCAUGGAAGGAUGAGGAACCGCCUCUAACUUCAUUUCCUGAUGACAAUGAAUCAAUUACUCAUGUUGAUCGACCCUCAAUGAACUCAGAAGAGAAAGAAGUUAUUUGCGGUGUUUGUAAAAAUAAUAUUCAGAAUGACACUUGGAUCGAUCACAUAAAAGAAAACCAUAAUUAUUUAGCAUGGAAAGAUGGAGACAUUCCUUUAGAUAUGGAGGACGAAGAUGCUGUACGUGAUCAUUUGAAAACCAUCUCAAAAAUGCAGGACGGUCUGAUUUGUACCAAAUGCAGCGUGAAGAAGAAGUAUCCUAAAAUAUUUUUGGAACACGUGCGCAACUGCUCUGGACCAACUUCAUUAACUAAUAACGACGAAUCUAUUAUUGACGUUGGUAGACCCUCAAUUAACUCAGAAGAAAAAGAAGUUAUAUGCGGUGUUUGUAAAAGUAAUAUGCAUAAUGACACUUGGAUGGAUCACAUAAAAGAAGCACAUAAUUAUUUAGCAUGGAAAGAUGGACAAAUUCCUUUGAAUUUAGAGGACGAAGAUGCCGUACGUGUUCAUUUGAAAACCAUCUCAAAAAUGCAGGAUGGUCUGAUUUGUACCAAAUGCAGCGUGAAGAAGAAGUAUCCUAAAAUAUUUUUAGAACACGUGCGCAACUGCUCUGGACCAACUUCAUUAACUAAUAACGACAAAUCUAUUAUUGACAUUGGAUCAAUUAAAUCGGAGGAAAAAGAAGUUAUAUGCGGUGUUUGUAAAAGUAAUAUGCAGAAUGACACUUGGAUCGAUCACAUAAAAGAAGCACAUAAUUAUUUAGCAUGGAAAGAUGGAGACAUUCCUUUAGAUUUGGAGGACGAGGCUGCCGUGCGUGAUCAUUUGAAAACGAUCUCGAAAAUGCAGGACGGUUUGAUUUGUACCAAAUGCAGUGUGAAGAAGAAGUAUCCUAAAAUGUUUUUAGAACACGUGCGCAACUGCUCUGGAUCGACUUCAUUUAUUGGUAACAAUCAAUCGAUUAUUCACGUUGAACGACCCUCAAUUUACUCGGAAGAGAAAGAAGUUAUGUGCGGUGUUUGUAAAAUGAAUAUGCAUAAUGACGCUUGGAUCGAUCACAUAAAAGAAACCCAUAAUUAUUUAGCAUGGAAAGAUGGAGAUAUUCCUUUGGAUAUGGAGGAUGAAGAUGUCGUCUGCGAUCAUUUGAAGACGAUCUCAAAACUGCAGGAUGGUCUGAUAUGUACUAAAUGCAGCGUGAAGAAGAAGUAUCCUAAAAUAUUUUUAGAACACGUGCGCAACUGUUCUGGACCUACUUCAGUAACUGAUAAGGAUGAAUCUCUUAAUGACAUUGAUAGACCCUCAAUUAACUCAGAAGAGAAAGAAGUUAUAUGCGGUGUUUGUAAAAGUCAUAUGCAGAAUGUUACUUGGAUCGAUCACAUAAAAGAAGCACAUAAUUAUUUAGCAUGGAAAGAUGGAGACAUUCCUUUGGAUUUGGAGGACGAGGUAGCAGUGCGUGAUCAUUUGAAGACGAUCUCAAAAAUGCAGGGCGGUUUGAUUUGUACUAAAUGCAGCGUAAAGAAAAAGUAUCCUAAAAUGUUUUUAGACCAUCUUCGUAACUGCACUGGACCAACUUCAUUAACUGAUAUUGACGAAUCGAUUGUUCAAGUUGAUCGACCCUCAAUUAAGUCAGAAGAAAAAGAAGUUAUAUGCGGUGUUUGUAAAAUGAAUAUGCAGAAUGACACUUGGAUCGAUCACAUAAAAGAAGCACAUAAUUAUUUAGCAUGGAAAGAUGGAGAAAAUCCUUUGGAUUUGGAGGAUGAAGAUGCCGUGCGCGAUCAUUUGAAGACUAUAUCAAAAAAGCAGGAUGGUUUGAUUUGUGCUAAGUGCAGCGCGAGGAAGAAGCACUCUAAAUUGUUUUUAAAACAUGUGCGCAAUUGCACAAGAUCGGCUUCACUAACUGAUAACGACGAAUCGAUUGCCCACGUUGAUCGAUCCUCAAUUAUCUCGGAAGAGAAAGAAGUCAAAUGUGGUGUUUGUAAAAUGAAUAUACAGAAUGAAACUUGGAUUGAUCACAUAAAACAAGAACAUAAUUAUUUAGCUUGGAAAGAUGGAAAAAAAUCUUUGGAUAUGGAAGACGACGAUGCAGUGUGGGACCAUUUGAGGACUAUUUCGAAAAAUAUGGACGGUCUUGUUUGUAUAAAGUGUAAUGUGAUAAAAAAAUAUCCAAAAGCAUUCCUAGACCACGUUCGCAUCUGUACUGGAACAGCGUUAUUACCCGUUAAAAAGGAAUCGAGUAAUAAACUAAAACGACCGUCAACUGUCUCAGAAGUUGCUUGUGGUGUUUGUAAAAUGGAACUGCAGAACAGCACUUGGAUAGAUCACAUAAAAGAAGCACAUAAUUAUUUAGCAUGGACAGAUGGAGAAACUCCAUUGGAUUUGGAUGACAAAGAUGUUGUGCGGUGUCACUUGAAGAAUAUUUCGAAAAGUCAGGGCGGUUUAGCUUGUGCUAAAUGUAAUACUAUAAAAAAAAAUCCCAAAAAGUUUUUAGAUCAUGUACGCUACUGUUCUGGAUCGGCAUCAUUUUCUGAUGACGAUAAACCAAUCAUUGAUCUUAAACGAACAUCAGUUGAAUUAAAGAAUAAACAAGUUACAUGCGGCGUUUGUAAAAUGAAUGUGCAGAAAGUUACUUGGAUCGAUCAUAUAAAAGAAGAACAUAAUUAUUUAGCUUGGAAAGAUGGUGAACCUCCACUAGACUUGGAAAACGAAGAUACCGUGCGUCAUUAUUUGAAGAAUAUCUCGGAUAGGCAGAGCGGUCUGAUUUGCAUCAAAUGCAACGCAAAGAAGAAAUAUCCUAAAACGUUUUUAGAGCAUGUCCGUUUAUGUACUGGUGCAUCGUCUGAACUGGAAUCUGUUCAAAGUGAUCUCAAUAGUACGAUAAAUAUAGAUGAGGCUAACAAAUGCGGGGUAUGUUCUAAAGACAUUCCAGCAGGUGGUUGGAUAAAACAUAUUCAAGUAGCACACGAUUACCUUGCAUGGAGAGAUGGAGACCAACCUCUGCAAUUAGAUGACCAACAGGCCGUAAAGGAGCAUUUGACUAAUCUGAUUCGUAUAAUAGGGCACUUAGUCUGCGCUAAAUGUGGUUUUAGGAGAAGGAUAUCCACCUAUUACAUGGCGCAUAUGGGGACUUGCGACGGCGUUUCUCAGAACAAUAUAUGUGAAGAUACGAAAUCUUUGCUCGACAAAAAUGAAGGUUUAUAUGAGUGCGCCAUUUGUCAUGAGAAAAUUUUACCAAAUAAAUGGAAAGCUCACGCCAUGGACAAGCAUUACAAUGUAGCUUGGGUUGUUGGCGACGUACCCAUUGAUGUAAAAAGUCCAUAUGGAGCUGAUAAAUUUCUAAAGGAAUAUAAACAAAUAAAAAAAAAAUUAGAAUGCAAUAUUUGUGGCGAAACAAGAACGUCUUUUCUGGGUUUUUUUUUUCAUGUCAUCACUUGCGGUAAAUCGGACGAGGAAACCGAAAUGUAUAAAGAGGAAUGUAGUUUGUGCGGCAAUAAAUACGUGGGUGUAUAUAGGAAUGUGCAUAUGGCGUGGCACAGGGAAAAGGAAAUGGCUAAAGAACGAAAGCUACAAAAGGAGAAAGCAAUAAUGCAGCCUCAAGAAGAAUCAUCUCCAUCUGGACGCAGAAAAGCUGCAAUGAAAGCUAAUAAGGUUAUAGAAAAAUACCAGGAAAACGAUGAAAAAUAUGAAUAUAAGCAUAAAUGCGAAAAGUGUGGUUUUGAAACGGAUAGCAUAAAGCAGUUUCAGCACCAUAAAUGUGAAUCUGACGCGGAGGAGGACUCUGCGGGUUCUGAAAAAGAGUCCGAAUCUGACCCUGAAGAGGGAUUGGAUGAAGAUCUCUCUGACCAAGAGCUAAAAACAGAACGAAAGAAAGAUUUACUUGAACCAUCUUGGUUGCCUCAUCAAUUCGAUACGUGGAAGGGAUAUUAUGAAAUGUUACUGAAAAAUUUCCGUGAGUCCAAUUUGAGCACAGACAAAUUAUUUUCUGAAUGGCACAUAUCCCAAUAUCAUUUUGUGACAAAUCAAGUUUCUGAUUAUUCACCCAGAGUUUUACAAUCUUGUCAAAUUCAAAUCAAUGGGAAUUGGAAAGUGUACGAACAAUUCGAAGGAUGUCAUUCAAAUCGUGUGGUCAGCAUGUUUGUGGGCGGCAGUGUUCAGUGCAUAUCUUGGGUCCCAACUCGGUUUGGAACCGACAAAUAUUUUGUAAACAAUUACCUCGCAGUGAGCGGGCACUCCGGUAAUGAUACACCGAGGGUUAACUAUGACGAUACACCGUCUUACCCAGGCCUUAUACAGUUAUGGGAUGUUGGCACUUUUUCGACACCUCCGAAGUUGGCAUUAGGUAUAGCUCACAACUUUGGUACCGUGUGGGGUAUGGAUUGGUGCCCCUCGGGCGUUCGAGACGAUAUCAACGAAGAAUCGGAAAGUCAAAGUUGGGCUAGACUCGGUCUUCUCGCUGUCGCCUGUUCCAAUGGUUCGGCUUACAUAUUAUCUGUGCCAUAUCCUACUUCAGUUUCAGCGAGCUCCGAUAAUUUAUUUGUGAAAUUGAAACCUGUAGCAGAACUUAAAAUGUGUUCUAAGAAAUCUGAUAGAAAAAUAUAUCAAGCCACAGCCAUCUCUUGGUCCAAGAGACACGGUCAUGCUGAAAUAGUGGUUGGUUACUCAGACGGAAGCAUGGCUCGGUACGAUUUAAAUACCGAAUCCCCGUUGUUGAAGACUACCGAAGAUGGCGUGACCGUAAUAUAUUCGUACUACGAUGAGCGAUCGCUCAAUUCGUGUGUAACAGCCGUGGACUCGUUCCCUGGCGUGGGCCCGAUGUCGGACAGUAUAAGCGGCACGUGUCCCACGGGCGCGGUGAUGGCCAACGGGGCGGUUCAUCCGUCCCGCGUGACGUCACACUCACCCGCGACUCAUGCAGCCUUCACACCCGCCUGGCCCAGCGUCUUGCUCGCCGGCGACGACGGACUAGUGCACCAGUCCCCCAACGAGUUGGAAUGGCAUGGCGGUGGACGGCGCUUGGGCGUGAUGUGUACGAGCGCUUCAUGUUUGACAUGCGGCCGUCUUCUGGUGUACGCGCCCCCCUUAUUGCGCUCCACCAGGAACUACGCGCCCUGCGUACAGCUCUCCAAGAAGAGCAUGGCAUACAUAAAUAUGGUGCCACUCAACGACAAAAGCAGUAAAAGUAAACAGAAGAUGGACGAGUUAUCUGUGAAAAUGGAGCCCAUUACAUACGAUAGCGCCAUUAGACAAUAUGCGGUGGAAUUCAAACACAUAGAAACUGGUUGCAGGCCUUCGACCGCCCUCAGGGAACCGUUACCAGAACGUUUCCCAUUAGCUGAUGUAACGUCAAUGGCAUACUGCACAUCGGAAAAAUACCACGAUUGGGCCGCAGUUGCGACUCAUAGCGGCGUUAUUUUCAUGUUCAAAACUCUAUGAUACUAUAUUAUGCUGUGUUUUGUUUGGAAUUUGUGCAUCUACUAGCCAUAUGAAUCUUUGAGCUGGUUGUAAUCUUUAUGAAUUAGGCUUAAAGUGGUGAAUCGCAAUAUUUUUUCCACCAAGUAUUCAGAUAAAAGGAUUCAUAUUCUUAACUGUCGUUAAUUUUGUGCAAGCUUGAUUCAUUAUAAUUGCUUUAAAUAUUAUAUGCAAAAGGAAAACGGCCUUUCAAUAUGAGAUUAAGUGUGAUUUAUCAGAAUAAGCAAUUGUUUUAUCAGACUGUUUGCAAUAUGUUAUAUAUAUUGUGCAUUUAACUGAACUAAGCUUAUAAAUUUUUUUUUGUGUUUCUUUAAGUUAGGUUGUUAUUGUUUUGUUAAACUAGUGAAACUUAUUUAAUUCAUAGUAAGAUUUAAGAGAAAUAAAUUUCACAAUCAGAAAUAAGUAUCAGUUUCAGCUUGCCAUAGAAUUUACAAUUAAUUUUGUUGUACAUACUUUGUGUACAUUAUAUAAGUUAUUAUAUAUAUUCGUUUUUUUGGUUUUGUAAAUGUAUAAGCGUCGUUUUUACUGAGUUAAGUAUGCAAUUGAUAUCACAGUUAAUGUAAGCAUUGUUUAGUUUUAUGUUAGGUUUAUUUUAAGCGUUUAACAUCACUCUUGGGCCACUUGGCUGAGGCUAGUAAGAUUUUAGCUCCUUUUUUUUUAAGUUAGUCUUAUGUAUACUAAAUUAAAUGUUUACGAAAGUAAAUGUAGAAACUGACUAAGAAAGGUGUAGAGAAAGAAAGCAAUUAAUAACUGUCAUUAACAUUAAAUAUUUAAUAUUUUAUCAGCGAGUGUAAAGUACCUAUUAAUCAAUUUGGCUUUCUACCAUUUAAUUUUAACUAUUCUACAAAGUAUUUCCCUUUUAAGUUGUAUUCAUCAUCAUUAAGGAAUUUUAAAUCAUGCAUAAAUAAUAGGCGAUUGCUGAAGUGUCUCAAAAUAAUAUUAAUAAGUUAUACAUUAAUAGAAUGCCUAUGGCAUUAAGUCCGCCAUUUACUGUUUUUUAUGGUAAUGAAGAAUAAAUAAAUAAAUAAUAUAUUUGUUUUUAAAUAUUGUUAAAUUUCAUAUCAAUACGAUACUAUGUGUGUUAUACGUUGUUUUACAUUGAUCUGAAUUUAUAAUUACACUGUAUUAUUACUUAGCACUUCUUUUUCCAUUUUAUCAUGCAGUAAGCACGUAGUCUUGUGAAAAUGGCUCUAAAGGGCUCCACGGGGUAAGGGAUGGGGUAGGCAACGGCGCGAAUGAUAUAUUUUGUAUCGCAAAUGUCUAUAGGCUAUUGUGUCCUCUUACUACUAGGCGGGUCAUAAGCUGGUUUAAACAUAAAACAAAAAACGAGCGAGCCUUACAGUAGUCGCGUAUGAUGUGUAACAUUUGAAACCUCACCUUAUAUUAGUAAAAAAAGAAAUAAAACCUAUACAAAAGGAAUAAGCCAUUUGAACAUUAUGUUCUAAAAUCAAAUCAAAUAGCGCGCGCUUCCCAAACUUCCUGUUACACACUUCCAUUCCCACUUCACGUAAUCACUCCCACAAAUUGAACGAAAGCGAGAGGAUGUUACACAUCAAAAAUACAAUUCUACCGUGAUUUGUUUCAAAAGCUUAUGCUUGAUUCAUGGUACUGCUAUACUUCUAUGUAUGUAUACUGCAUUACAUCAAAGACAAUUUGUGUUAUAAAUUGAAAAAAUAACAGUAUAAGUAAUAAAAUGUAUCAUGUAAUUUAGUCGUGUAACAUAGGUUUCCAAAGCCAUGUAAGUAGAACUAGAUAGUAAAGAUUAUUUAUUCCAAAAAGAGUAACGUUAUAUAUCGGAUUUCAAAGUGAUAUUAUUAUUUAACAAUGUAUAUCUUUAGCUUAAUUUUACGAUAAUUGCGUUAUGCUUGUUAUAGAAAUAAAAUUGGUAAACAAAC